AUGUUCUUUGAUGGCACCCUCCAAGAAGGCAUCGCCGCUGCUGUACAGCAGGCAAAGAUGGUCGUAAGCUUUGUUACGGAUGGCGGGGAGGAGAGCACGAAGUGGGAGGAGGAGUAUCUGGUAGACGAUUCUAUCAAGACCGUCCUGAGCACACAGGCCGUGGUACUUCGCCUACAGGCAGGCUCUGAGGAGGCCAAGUAUCUGGCAGCAAUUUUUCCCCUUCCAAAGACGCCAACGCUUGUCUUGAUCAGGAAUGGAGAACUCAAGGAAUACAUCGCAAGCGGUGUAUCCAGAGAUGAUUUCAUGGCAAGACUGCAAAAGGCUUUGGGAAUAGCACAGCCGGCAUCAUCUGCUCCGGCUGCGGUGGCCAAUCCGGACGAGUCCUUGCCAGCUCAGUACGCAGCAGGGCAUCGCUCAGCGGCUGGAGGCCUUGAUGCUUUGACCCAAAAUAGCAGUAGCACAUCAAGCUCGGCCCAGGCCAACACAGACAUACCCACUAGUCAGGCUGGACCCGGUAGCAGGACAGUAGAGACACAGCCUCAAUCCGCCGGGAUUGCAGCAGCGAAACAGCCUGACAAGGGGAAAGGCAGGGCUCAGCCGGCGGCCGAGGACCCGUCUCCUGGCAAAUCCCAGGUCGAGGCACAGAAGGCUGCAGAGAUGAUCAAAAAGCGGAAGCAGGAGGCAAACGAGGACAGGAGGCGCAUCUUGGAACGGAUCGAACACGAUAGGGCGGAGAGGAAGGCUCGGGAAGAGGAGCGCCGUGCAGAAAGGAGAGCCCUCCAGGAUGGCACUGCUGCGGACGCCGGUGCAACUGCUACGGCAACACUCAGCAUACCGAAGAAACAAGCAAGCAGAACUGCCGUUGAUAUAUGCGCGCUACAGGUUAGAGACUUUGACGGCUCGACUAUACGCGCGAGACUACCUAGCAGUGGGACGCUAAGGAAAGAUGUCCGGGAAUGGGUUGAUGCCAACCGGAGCCCGAACGGUAGUGGGCCGUAUCUGUUCAAGCUCGUGCUGACGCCCCUACCAAAUCGGACCAUUGACGAGACCGAAGAGGACAAGACUCUACUGGACUUGGAGCUGGUGCCAUCAGCGACGCUCAUUCUUGUUCCUGUACCCCGUUUCUCAUCGGCGUACGGGGGAGGCGGCGGAUACAGACGAGGUCACGGGGGCAUUGUUGACCGCAUCAAUGCGCUCUUUGUAGCAGUCAUGUCUAUAUUCAACGGCUUUUUUGGCAUGUUUGGUCGCAUGCUUACCGGGCCUGCACAGAUCACUCAAGGCGAUGCCGGGAUAGAGAUGGACGAGUUAGAGCGAAGCCCAGCGCAGCCGGCGCAAGGGUCUAGUACGGGCCGCCGAAGUCCUCCGAGCGGCGCUCGAAAUCGGUCGGACAACUCGCGGGUUGCGGGGUUUCGCAAUCCUGACGAUGACAGGCGCGACCAACAGUUAUACAACGGGAAUUCCCUUAACUUUGAGCCAAGACCAGACGAUGAAUAA